AACAGAAUAAAGGGAUAGAGAUGCACACUACACACACAGACGUCCUGCCCCUCACUUUCUAAAUAUAAAGCGCAAACUGAUAAGCAUUGCGAACGCACUCGCGCUCCUAGAAAUUUCUCAAGCCUCGGUUACAUUACAAACUGCCAAGAGCCUCGAGCGGCUCUGAGAUGUAUAUGAUCUCAUAUCUCUUCCUUAUUUGUACUGAGUUUGUCGAAUCUGAAGGCUCCGACUGGGAGAAAGAGAGAUAAAUUGCGUAGAGUUUGUUCAUUGUUUCUCAUUCAAUUCUCGGUUUCUGAAUGACGGAGAAGGAGGAGAGUGCGGUUAGGAAGACCGGAGGUGAAUCGCCGGAGGUGAAGACGCCGGCGGCGAGCAAAUCGGCGGUGGCGGCGGCGACUCCGACGGAGGUGGAGGUGGUGAAGUGCGAGUGCUGCGAGUUUACGGAGGAGUGUACGAUCGCGUAUAUCGCGCGUGUGCGGGAGAGGUACGAAGGGCGGUGGAUCUGCGGGCUGUGUGCGGAGGCGGUGAAGGAUGAGAUCGGGAGAUCUGGCCGGAGGAUCAGCGAGGAGGAGGCGCUGGAGCGGCAUGCGAGUUUCUGUGAGGAGUUCAGGUCGCCGCCGGAGAAGCCGGCGGAGGAGCUCAUCUCCGCCGUGAAGCAGCUGCUGAUCAGGAGCUUGGAGUCGCCGACCAGUGUCAGGUCUAAUCCGAGUAGUCCGAGGGGCAAGGACGGGUCGGAUCUUGCCCGAGCUACGUUCGGGAGGUCCCAGAGUUGUUUCCCCAGCAUGGAUGCCUGAAACAUCACCGAACUAAACCGAACGUGCUCAGUAUAUCUCGUUCCCGAUCCCGAAGAAAGAUGCUUCAUCGAAGGCUGAUGCGCCAAUUGCAAUGAAUAAACGAUUAUUGUAAAAUAAAUAAAUUAGUUUAGGAAAAUAAAACGAAAUUGAAUUAGAGGAAGUGAAGGUUCUUGGCCAAUGCAAUAGUUAGGUUCUGGAUCUUACUAAUUCAGAUUGUUGAGUUGUAUUUCGAAUAAAUUAGCCAUGGAAAUGAAUAAAUUUGAUAAA